AUUGUAAAUGUAACAGAAAAUUCUACCUAUAUAAAUCAAGUAACCGUGCAGAGGACAACCAACAAUGAGACAGUUGCCAAUUUUGAGGGUGGAAUAUCUCUCACAGUUUCAGGAAAAUUGGGAGCUUUGACUUUCACUACUUCAAUGGAUAAUGCUUUCAAAAAUAAGACAGAGGGACUCUUGGGAGUCUGGAAUGAUGACAAAACAGAUGACUUUAAAGCUGCUGAUGGACGAUACCUUGAAUAUAAUGGAAUUAAAUUGCCCAAUGACACUCAGAUUUUCUUUGACUUUGGCCUUACAUGGAAAACAACAGCGAAUGACAGUAUAUUUACAUAUAACACAACUGCUGGAGAGACUUGGUACACUUACAACAACAACAGUUUUGUGCCUAAAUUUUAUGAUGAGCUUUUGCAAACCACGGACAAAGAAAAAAUCGACAAAGCUAAUGAAACCUGCCAAGGAAGUGAUGAUUGCAUUUUUGAUAUUUUGAGUACAAAUGAUUUUUCCUUUGGAGCAGCAACAUUACAAAGCGUGAAUACGUUUGCAGCACAGAACAGCACCAUGAAUAAUUUCCCUCCUAACAUCACUGGAGAAUCAUCCCUUCAGACUCGUCUCAAUGAACCAGUUUUCAUUCUUUUUACUGCUACUGAUGCCAACAAUGAUGAUGUGACAUUUGUAGUCUUGACUAAUUCAUCAGAUAUCACAAUGACAAAAAAUGGGAACUUUUCUUGGCAUCCAACAAGCUCCACUCCAGUGUUUGCCAUAAUACAAGCCAAUGAUUCAAAGGUCACUUCUGAGCUGGGAUUGACACUGACAAUAUGCAACUGCAGCAUCAAUUCAACCUGUGAUUAUUCCAGAUCAGUUAUCAGCAUGGAAUCAGAGAAUGCCAUGUUUGUGGUUGCAGCAUGUAACUGUACUCCUGCAUACAUUGGUGAUUAUUGCACUGAAGAUUUUGAUGCCUGUCAAGACAACCAAUGUUUCUUAAAUGAUACCUGCAAAGAUCAACCUGCACCUCUCGAGGGUCAUACCUGUGGUCCAUGUCCCACCAAUUUAAUAGGAGAUGGAGAGAAAUGUUAUGAUUUUGAUGAAUGUCAGAACGAAACAGACUCUUGCAAGCAGAUCUGUACCAAUGUGUUGGGAGGUUACAUCUGCAGCUGUAAUGAAGGCUAUGCGAUAAAUGAAACAAACAGUUCCUUGUGUGAUGACAUUGAUGAAUGUCGUAAUACAUCUAGUUGUCCCCAAAAUGCAAAAUGCAUCAAUUCAAAUGGAGGUUACUCCUGUAUGUGCAAGGAAGGAUAUACUGGGAAGCCAGACAGUUUCUGCAUUGAUGUGAAUGAAUGCUCUACUGAGUGUUCCGGAACUAAUUCUAUCUGUACAAAUACUGAAGGCUCUUUUGUCUGUACAUGUAGAACAGGAUAUGAAGGAUCCAACUGUACAGAUAUUAAUGAAUGCGCAAGCGAUCUGGACAAUUGUGUUUUGAAUUCUAAGUGCUUCAAUACGGAUGGCUCAUAUACAUGUAAAUGUAAUCGUGGAUAUGAAGGUUCAAACUGCACCGACAUUGAUGAAUGUACCAGAUUUAUGGAUAACUGUCAUAGUAGGGCUGACUGUCAGAAUAUACCUGGUUCAUUCAACUGCUCCUGCAGGUCUGGAUUCAAAGGAAAUGGGACAUUCUGUGAAGAUAUUGAUGAAUGUGCGAUAGAUCAGGACAAUUGUGUUUUGAAUUCUAAGUGCUUCAAUACGGAUGGCUCAUAUACAUGUAAAUGUAAUCGUGGAUAUGAAGGUUCAAACUGCGCCGACAUUGAUGAAUGUACCAAAUCUCUGGAUAACUGUUCCAUUGGGGCUGACUGUCAGAAUAUACCUGGUUCAUUCAACUGCUCCUGCAGGUCUGGAUUCAAAGGAAAUGGGACAUUCUGUGAAGAGAUUAUCUCCACUACCAAUACAACACCAAGUCCGUCGAAUGGAGCAUUGAAUAAAACAAGUACCCCCACUGUUGCCUUGGCUCCAUCAAGCACCUCGACAACUACUUCAAAACUCACCGAUACCACUGCUGUUACUUCUGCACCACCAAGGACCACCACAACUACCUCAUUACCCACCAAUACCACUGUUGCUGCCUCAGCACCAUCCAACAUCACUACAACUACUUCAAAAAACACCAAUACCACUGUUAUUACGUCGGCACAAGCAAAGACCACCACAACUACUUCAAAACCCACCAAUACCACUGCUGCUGCCUCAGCACCAUCCAAUACCACUACAGCUGCCUCAGUACCCAUCAAUACCACUAUUAAUACAUCGGCACAAGCAAAGACCACCACAACGACUUCAGCACCCACCAAUACCACUGCUGCUGCCUCAGCACCAUCCAAUACCACUACAACUACCUCAGUACCCAUCAAUACCACUAUUGUUCCCUUGACACCAUCCAUCAUGACCACAUCUACUUCGGUAUCCACCAAUACCACGGCUAUUACCUCAUUACCGACAAGCUCCACUACGACAACCACAACAGUCGUGCCAACACCAUCUGCUAAUAGAGAGAUUAUCUCCACUACCAAUACAACACCAAGUCCGUCGAAUGGAGCAUUGAAUAAAACAAGUACCCCCACUGUUGCCUUGGCUCCAUCAAGCACCUCGACAACUACUUCAAAACUCACCGAUACCACUGCUGUUACUUCUGCACCACCAAGGACCACCACAACUACCUCAUUACCCACCAAUACCACUGUUGCUGCCUCAGCACCAUCCAACAUCACUACAACUACUUCAAAAAACACCAAUACCACUGUUAUUACGUCGGCACAAGCAAAGACCACCACAACUACUUCAAAACCCACCAAUACCACUGCUGCUGCCUCAGCACCAUCCAAUACCACUACAGCUGCCUCAGUACCCAUCAAUACCACUGCUGUUACCUCAACACCUUCCAACGCCAUCACAACUACUUCAAAAACCACUGAUACCAAUAUUAAUACAUCGGCACAAGCAAGCAUCACUACAACUACUUCAUUACCCACCAAUACCACUGCUGCUGCCUCAGCACCAUCCAACAUCACCACAACAACUUCAAAAACCACCAAUACCACUGCUACUAUAUCAGCACAAGCAAGGACCACUACAACUACUUCAGUACCCAUAGAUACCACUGUUAAUACAUCAGCACAAACCAGGACCACCACAACUACCUCAGUACCCACCAAUACCACUGCUGUUACCUCAACACCUUCCAACGCCAUCACAACUACUUCAAAAACCACUGAUACCAAUAUUAAUACAUCGGCACAAGCAAGCAUCACUACAACUACUUCAUUACCCACCAAUACCACUGUUGCUGCCUCAGCACCAUCCAACAUCACUACAACUACUUCAAAAAACACCGAUACCACUGUUAUUACGUCGGCACAAGCAAGGUCUACCACAACUACUUCAAAACCCACCAAUACCACUGCUGCUGCCUCAGCACCAUCCAAUACCACUACAACUGCCUCAGUACCCAUCAAUACCACUAUUAAUACAUCGGCACAAGCAAAGACCACCACAAAGACUUCAGCACCCAUCAAUACCACUGCUGCUGCCUCAGCACCAUCCAAUACCACUACAACUACCUCAGUACCCAUCAAUACCACUAUUGUUGCCUUGACACCAUCCAUCACGACCACAUCUACUUCGGUAUCCACCAAUACCACGGCUAUUACCUCAUUACCGACAAGCUCCACUACGACAACCACAACAGUCGUGCCAACACCAUCUGCUAAUAGAGCUCUUCCUGACAGAAGAGUCAAUAUUACAUUGCCUGUAAUCAGCAGUAAUAGGAGUUCAAAUAUUUUAGGUCAGGUUCAUGAAAAGAUCUAUGAAAAGGCAAAAAAAGUGAAACACUUUAAGAAUACUACGGAACCUCGAAUAUGGAUACGGAACGGAAAUCUGGUUACUUCUGCAGAGCUUCAAUUUGAAUACAAUGCAAUGCUCACUGUAAUUAGUUUUCUAAAUAAUGAAUUACAUCCUGCAAUUCUGAAUGCUUUCAACCCUGCCACACGUGCCCAGCGUGCCGUGGCACCUGUUGACCUUGGAACUUUGAAUAGCAGUGAUAUUCAAGAUAUAACCAUAUUAUCGAACGAACAGUUAGUGGGUUACUUUAGCUGCAACGACUCUAUAUAUGCUGGUUAUGUGGUUGAGUGGGAUGAGCAAAAUGGAGUCGUUUGCCGUUCACCCUGUGACAUGAAUUACUGUAUGAAUCAAGCAGAGUGCCAGCAUCUGCGGACUGGACCUUCGUGCAAAUGCGUUCCACGCACAAUAUAUUCUAGCUUCGGUGACCACUGCGAACAUCUAUCAAUGAAUCUCAGGGCAUUUUUUGGCAUUCUGUUUGGAGCUUUAGCAUUCUUGUUUUUACUGAUGUUAGCCAUAUAUGUAAUUGUGUGGAAGUGCAAAUCAAAUGGACGGAACAGAUUGACAAAUGACACAAACAGCAUUGGAGAUGUGGAUCGGCAAAUAUUCUCUUGGCAAACUAAUCCAUUUUCUUCUAAAAUAAAAGAUACAAGCAUCUUGCCUACUUCGAAUGAAAAUAAUCUGUCAUCUUUAGCAUGGAAACCACAUCUUGAAAAUGUCAACACUGCAGCAGAGAUUAAAAUUCAAAGACCAUCACUCAGAAGGAACGGCGAUGAGUCCAAUGUACCAUAAAUUCACCACAAAUCAAAGCCUUUUGAGAAUUUCAUUGAUGCUCUGUUUCGUGCAACAAGUGAUCCACAGGUGUGACCUUUCAAUUCCACCGUGAAAUCAUCACAGGAAUCUGGGUUCAUCAAAUACAUGUACUUCAAUAUAUUUUGAAUUACCUAUGCUUUAAAUCAACAUUAUUUUCUUGUCUUGUUUUAAAAUACUGACACCGAUGUUCGAAUGAGUAAUUGCUAUUUUUGGAACUUUUAUGUUUCGAGUCGUAUAAAGAUUAGUUUUAUUCCUGCCUUCUAUCCAUACCGGCACCUUAUCACUUAUAGGCGUGAUCAUUAAUUACUUCGUAAAAGUUGCAAAGAAAUGUUUUUGGGAAACUAAAUGGAUAAACUUUAAUGCUGCACACAGCCCUGAUAAUGUAGCUCAAUCCCUCAACAUUUGUUUUAACUAUUGAAACGUACAAAUAUAAUUAAAAGUACAUAAUUGUGUGUAUUUUAGAGCACUUUAAUAUAUAUAUAUAUAUAUAUAUAUAUAUUGAUAUAUUUAACGAAUAACCGGAAUUUUUUUUGCAUGGAAUAUUAGUAUUUUACAAUCUGAUUUCUGGGAUAAAAUGUAAUUUGUAUGUGAAUGUUAUAGUUAAUUUGUGUGAAGGUUGACAGAGUUUGCACUAGAAAUUCACCUGCAUUUAAAUACGUUAAUCAAUUUAAAGAAAAUAGUUCAACAAUUCUGUUCCAAAUAUUACAUUUUGAAACAUUUAAAUAAAGAAAACAACUGAUUAAAUUAGUGA